GAUGAGAGGCCAAAGACGAGUGAUUUAGACGGUAACUCAUCGUCAGCAAAUCACAUAUUUUACCUUCGUUAGUUCGUUGUUAGGGUUUUAGCGGUCACUGCAAAUUCGAACCAGUCACUCUGUUGAUCUCUCUUGCCGAGUCGAACCCCCAAUUACACUCUGCAACUCCAAAUUUCGAACAAUUAAGCAGUAAUUCUGGUACUAGUUACCCUUUCUUCAGUCAAAUGGGAAAUGCGAAAAAGGCAAUCCACAGCUAUGGUCAUAGGUUAUGAGGCAUGGGCGACUCUUCAUCUUCUCCUCCAUAACAACCCGAAUCCAAGAAACUCAAGAUGUCCUCCACCACCACCACCACCUCUGACGACGAAGAGUACGAAAUCAAUCCCAACUCAGCCGAUACCACAACCCAAAGAAAACGAAGAUAUAAGCGGCGCAAGGUAGCAAUCUUUUUCGCCUACUGCGGCGUAGGCUAUCAAGGCAUGCAGAAAAAUCCCGGUGCCAAGACCAUCGAAGGCGAUCUCGAAGAAGCCCUAUAUCUAUCUGGUGCAGUCCCCGAAGUCGACCGCGGCAACCCCAAGCGUUUUGACUGGGCUCGCUCUGCUCGCACGGAUAAGGGUGUCAGCGCCGUUGGCCAGGUCGUCUCUGGUCGGUUCUACAUCGACCCUCCCGGUCUCGUUGAUCGUCUCAACUCCAAUCUUCCCUCUCAAAUUCGAAUUUUUGGAUUCAAGCGUGUGACGUCUUCCUUCAACGCGAAGAAAUUCUGUGACCGCCGGAGGUACGUUUAUCUAAUUCCGGUCUUUGCUCUUGAUCCUAGUUCUCAUCGUGACAGAGAGAGUGUGCUGGCGAGCUUGGGUUCUGAAAACGAGCUUGUUAAGUGUUUGGAAUGUUCUGAGAGGGGGCGCAAGGUUGCAGGUGUUAUGGGUCGACGAAACAGCGAAUCAAAAAAUGUAGAAAAUGGCGGUAAUGAUGCUUCCCAAUCUGGACUUACUUCGGACAAUGUUAUUACCGUCCUUUCACAUUCUGAAACCAAAAUUGAACCUGAAGUUUCUUCAAUUGACGCCGUUGCUCUAUCCAAUUUUGCGCUAGCAGUGGAUCCUUGUCUGGUUUCGUCAGACAACAGCGCUGCUGCUCCCCAUCCGGAACAGGCAGAUCAGGUUAGAGUUUCUUUGAACAAAUUUUCUUCUUCUUUGCAGCCUAAAUUAGGAGAGGAGCCUAAAGCUUCUUGGGUAGAAAAUGAACAGAAUCUGGUUAGAUGUGGUAAUGGAGGGGGUGCAGCCGUAAAGGGCAGAGUUUUUUGUUAUGGUGAGAAGGAGAAAGAAAGGUUCAAUAGAAUUCUCAAGCAUUAUGAGGGAACACACAAUUUCCAUAAUUUUACGACAAGAACAAAGGUUGAAGACCCCUCUGCCAAUCGCUAUAUUGUGUCAUUUGAUGCAAAUAAGGUUGUCACUGUUGAAGGGAUUGACUUUGUUAAGUGCGAGGUUGUGGGUCAGAGCUUCAUGCUUCAUCAGAUUCGGAAGAUGGUCGGGCUAGCGGUGGCAGUAAUGCGGAAUUGUGCACCUGAAUCGUUAAUCAACAUUGCACUUCAGAAGGAUAUAAACAUCAAUGUCCCUACUGCUCCUGAGGUUGGACUUUACUUGGAUGAGUGCCUCUUUACUUCAUACAACCAGAAGUGGAAAGACUCCCAUGAAGAGAUUUCUAUGGAAGCUUACAAAGAAGAGGCAGAGGACUUCAAAAUACAGCAAAUUUACACUCAUAUUUCCUUCACAGAACAGAAAGAGGGAGUCGUGGCUCUUUGGUUGCACUCUUUAAACCACCGUAAUUAUCCUGAUUUGCGUGUUGGUGGGUAAAAUGGAAAAACUGCCAAUGGGGAAAGCGUGCAAGUUCACAAUGUGAUGGAGUAAUUUUUGGAGGAUAUCGGUGCCUGGAUUCAGCUGUUCAGGUGCUGAUAGCAAUUGUAGCCAAUAUUUUGUAUUCCAUUUCUAAAUUUAUCUUGGUUUUCUUUGGAAACAGUGGCUAUCAACAACUGCUAACUGGUUUUCAUGCGUAUUGUAUUUAUUUCUGGCAUGCCAGAUUAUCUCCAAUAUGGUCUAGAUUUUGUGGUGAAGGAAUUUAUUGUUCCCUGCUGUUUACUUCCCUCUAUGCAUUUAAUACUUGCACAUUUUAAGCUCUGAAUAAAGCUUGAUAAAGUCAAAAUUUUGACUUA